AGCCCAAAACAUCAGCCAGAAGGCGUGACCUGUACAGCUGACAGAUCUCGGUUUAACGCACGGGGUGUCCCGGACGUAUUAGCUAGUAAUUCGUGUUAAAGUAAAGGUUAACAGCUUCAGACCACGGCAUGACAUGACUUCAUAUAAUGUCGUCUUAAUAAACAACAAUUUAAGUAUCGUACACAAUCUUCAGCGCGAGAAAAAUACGUUGAACGACACAAGGCACCGAGUAGACGAGCAACGCCGUUCCCCAAAACAAACAACUCCACCGGCGAGCAGUAACCUGGUUUUGACCAAUCAGCGACAGUUAUUGAUGCAAGUGACACACUCCCGCCAAUUCCGACUGAGGAGCGCGAGGCAGGCAGCGGGGCAGUCCGAGGGAGUAUGUGGGAGACGCGGAAAGAGAGUGCGCUAUGUUUUAUGUAAAAUAAAUCGGAACUACAUGUCGUUUAAUUAGCAGCAUACUACUUGGUUCGUUACCAGGAGCAUUCUUGGAAGUUCGCGUAACCCGUACCGUUGUUUUGACGGAGAGUAUCGCUAACCGAGUGGAGCCCCGGGUUAGUGGUUGGGAUGUUGGCCGCGGAAAACCCACCUAUGGACGGACAUUUGGCAGCAGCGACUCCCCGCAGAAGAGGCAUGGAUUGUAAGUCAAGUAACAAUGCCAACAAGAAACUUAUCCAAGCUCGUCUCCCGUUCAAGCGCCUGAACCCUGAACCUAAAGAGAACCAGCCGCCUAAACGCCCUUGUGCACAUGCCUGCCCUGAACCAGAAGUCCCAGAUGGAGAGAACGAAAAUGAGUCGUCUCCAAUCCUUGUGCACAGUGGCCCACCCUUGGUUAAUGGUCGCGGGCCCCUUGAUGGCUUCCUGAGUCGCAGGCACCCUGCAUCCUCAAAUGAGAAGGCGGUAAUAGAUCUGACCUCGGACAACAGUACGUCUCCUGUAAAACGCCUUGUUCCACCUGCUGCUGCCUCUCCCUGCCUCCAAACAAAAGACAAGCAUAAGGGCAAAGACAAAACUGCCUCAUCUGGGAAAUCCAGCAGUGAGGAUAACACUCCUGAAACACACACUUUAGACUGCACAGUGGACAGCGAUGAGGUCGAAGAGGUGGAGGAUAAAGAUUUGAAUCAGACAGCAUCUAUCUCUGAGCUUGACACAACUCAGGAUUCUGAAAGUGAGCCAGAGGAGCAGAAUGAGUCAGGAAACGUUUCCAGUUUGGGGGACCGGUCCAUGCUGUCAUCUCCAUCAGUCAGCUCCUCAUGUGAAAGCUCACCAGAGAAGAGUGAUGACCCUACACCCACUACUACACCAUCAGGGCCAAAGACCACCCCCAAGAUACCAGCAGAUCAGAAAAAGAUCAAAAGGCGCUCCAUGAAGAGUUUACAAGAACAGGAGGAGAGGCUUCGGCUGCGACAGGAGAAGGAACGCCAGAAAGAAGAAGCCAAAGCUGCAAAGGAGAAAAAGAAAGAAGAGGCCCGCAAGCAAAAAGAGGAGCGAGAAAGGGAAAAACGAGAGAAAAAAGAAAAGGAUGAGCGAGAGAAACGAGAGAAAAAAGAAAAGGAGGAGAAGGAAAAGGCAGACAGGUUAAAAGCAAAAGAGGAGCAACGGAAAUCAAAGCUAGAGGCAAAGCUUGAAGAAAAACGGAAGAAAGAAGAAGAGAAGCGUAUCAAGGAAGAAGAGAAACGGUUGAAAGAAGAGAAGGAACGCCUCAAAGCGGAGAAAGCAGAAAUUACAAGGUUUCUACAGAAACCUAAGAUCCAACAGGCUCCAAAGACACUUGCAGCUGCGUGUGGGAAGUUUGCUCCAUUUGAGAUCAAAGAAAACGUGUCUCUGGCACCUCUGUGCCGGGUACAGUGUGAUGACUCUGUUCUGGAGGACCUGGAUCGGUGUUUGAAGAACCCUGCUGAUAAUUGUAAUGGAUUGAAAGACUGGAUCGGGCGAAAACCACGCCAGUCGGGACCCACCAAUCCCAGACAGACGGACUCACUCAGUGAGUGUAUAACAGUGGAAGGGUCUAAACCAGAUGAUGUGCCUGAUCGUAAACGUUAUGGACCCAUGAAGCUGCUGCAGUUCCAUGAAAACUACCGUCCAGCAUACUGGGGAACCUGGAGUAAGAAGAGUUCACACAUCUCACCUCGCUGCCCACUCAGACAAGACAAGGAUGUGUUAGACUAUGAGGUGGACAGUGAUGAAGAAUGGGAGGAAGAGGAACCUGGAGAAUCCUUGUCACACAGUGAAGGGGAAGAUGAGGAGGAAGGCGGUGAAGAUGACGAUGAUGACGGCUUCUUUGUUCCUCAUGGCUACCUCUCAGACGAUGAAGGAGCUUUAGAAGAGGAGGAGGGUGGUGAUCUGGAGAAGCUGAAACUACGCCAGAAAAUGAAAGCAAGAGAGUGGGAUGAGCUGAUGUCCACCAAGAAGAAGAUGAAGGUGCUGGAGCCAGUGGUGAAAGGCUGUAUCUGGGAGGGAGAAGCACCUGGUUUGCAGCUCUUCCAGCCGUAUGCUAUGUGUAUGGUUGAGCCCUUACCGAAGGCAGACACCAGCCCAAGCCCAGAGGAGCAGUCACUGAGGUGUCAGAGAGAAGCACUGUUACUCGGUCAGUUGUUGCCCCUGCUGCACGGCAAUAUCAACAGCAGUAAAGUGAUCAUCACUGAGUUUCAGGAGUUUUGUCGUCAGCAGUCCUCCUCUUCAUCACCUCCUGAACUGUCCAGCCCUCAGGGCUCAGUAGAAAAUAUUCCCACCAGAAUACAGGUGCGGCGCCUCAUGAAAGACAAUGCUGUGUACGAGAAGCGCUCCACCUACAGACGCUGCUGCUGGUAUGUGCACACAGAGGUCCUGGCCCGUCAUGGGCAGGAGGCUCUUCCCGUGCCCUGCCAGUGGACCUACCUCACCACAGGAGCUCGAGAAGAGUCCCGUGAAGAACCGCAGGCAGCCACAGGCUCUCAGGGAAACUCUCCCACUACACCCCAGACCUCCUCCGCCUCAUCUUCAUCCUCCAAUAAAAGGAAGAGCACGGGCAGCAUGUCAAUCACCAAGUUCAUGAAGAAAUGUACUGACCCUGAGCAGACGGAAGCUCUGGAGACAGACGGUUUUCAAGCUGAUACUGAGGAGGAUGACGAGGAAGACUGUGUCAUCAUCUCCACAAAGAGUGGUCCAACCAGAGAGAACUCGUCCAGUGAUGGAGACUGUCCGAUGGAAGUGACCCCCUCCGACACAGCUGCUCUUCCCACAGCCAGCGCUGCUCCUACACUGGCCACUGCCUGAGAACAGGACAGACCGUCUCCUCUAACCAAGCUGCCCUCAAGUUUCCCUCAAAUUCCUCCCAUCUGGUUCUGAACUCUACUGCGUCCAAGACAGAAUCAAAUCAAGUCUUCAAGCAAGAUGAAGCACCACGCUCUGGUACCAGCGACUCUCAGCAGGUGGGGUCUGCUCAGUAUUAUGAGUUCACUCUCACCUAAAUAUUUUAAAGGAGUCAGGAGUCUUGCCUGUAAAAUGUAGUUGUGCAUAAAAUCAGAGCGUCUGAAUUGAUAUUUGAGGACAGACUCGUUUGUCCAGUGUUCAUUAACUAUGUGUCUGAUUUUUGCGAUUGAAUUUUCAGUCAGGAAUGUUUGGCAUGGGAAGGUGAAAGUCUCUCUAGCACUGCUUUAGCUACAGCAGAUUGGGUUGAACAGAGGGAGGAAGAGCAGAACAGUAAUGCCCGAUUUUCACAAGAAACAUCCAAGACACAGUGAUCAGCAUUAUUUACGGUUUUGAAAUGUUGAAUUCACAGCAUGGUUGGAUUUCCUCUUGUCUAACUGAAAUAAGAGCUGGGAAAUGAGAGGCUGAAAGUCCGUCUGAACAUUUCUGUUUGUAUUCAGUGGGGCCAUUUAUUCUGCGAUUUCUAAUUCUGACAGCUCACUGGAGUAGUUGCUAUACCUGUACUUGUACAGUUAGGUCCAGUUUCACGAUGUUUUAUAAAUAUGUAUUUUCUGUAUUUUUUCAAGAAUACUUGAACAGGAUAAAUUCAUUAAACCUGAAUAAAAGUACUGCACUUUUAUAUUCUA